AUGCGGUGUGGAAUCCUAUGCCAGUUGCUGUGGCUUUGGCCCUUUCUGUCCUACAACCAUGCCACGCCCAUCUGGACGGUCCAGGAAGACACCAGAGCCCUCAUCAGUACCAUCGUCAACAGGAUCGAUGAGCUUUCGUUCAUGCAAACUGUCCCCUCCAGCCAGAUCUCCAACUUUGACUUCAUUCCUACGCUCCAGUCUGUCAGUAGCCUGUUAAAGAUGGACGAGGCCUUGGUGAUCUACCAGAAGGUCCUCAGCAGCCUGGUUACAAUAGAUAUGACCCAAAUAAUAAAUGACCUGGGCGACCUCCGAAACCUGAUCCACGCGAUGGCGGAAUCCAGGGGCUGCCCCGUCCUCAAAGCCAGUGGCCGGGGGACCAUCAUGAAUCUCAGCGAUAUCCUGAAAGUCUCAAACCACACCCUCGCGGUAGUGACCCUGCGCCGGGUACAGAAGUCUCUGCAAGAUAUACAACAGCAGCUGGACCUCAGCCUCCGUUGCUGA